AUACCUCAACUUCUGCCCGCCCCGUGAUUUGCUAUCUUAUUUUUUACCUGACUUGUCUUCUUAACACUAAUUGUUCCAAAAAUCCUAGCCCACACGUAUCCGAAUACCCCUACUUCUCAAAGUGCUGAGAAAUCUAAAAACACCCCUUGAUCUUGACCAUGACAUUAA